AUGCAGGGCAUUCCGCUGGGCAGAGUGCAGACCGGCCCGUCAAACGCGGGCCGUCACAGCAGCGGCGGGCGAGCGCUACUGCAAACGCGGGCGGACGGGACGGGGCGGCGCCCGUCGGGGCCGGGGCCGGUGCUGGCGGUACCGGCGGUACCGGCUGCCUGUGGCGCCCGGCCCCGUCUCCCCUCUCGGCUUUCCCUGGGCAGCGGGAGAGCCGCGAGUACUGCGGGGAAAAGGGUGCCCGAGCCGGGGGCGGGGUGGCCUCAGCGCGCCGCUCCCUCGGGCUCCGCCGCCUGCUCGCAGCCGUCACCCCGCGCAACGCCCGCGACGCGGGGGCUGCGAGCGGGACGGGCGGCGGCGGCGGCGGCAAUGGGGGAAGACGGCGGCCGGCGGGCGGCAGAGCCGGAGCGCUUGGCGCUGGAGCUGGGGCGGGAGAGGCGGAAGCAGCAGAUGCUUGAAAGCUCAAUAUUUGAACUGAGACACACUAUAACAGAGCUGGAAAAAAGUCUUAAUAGUGCUGAAAAUGAGGAUAAUGAAUGGAAAACCAGAUAUGAGACACAAGUAGAAUUGAACAAACAGCUGGAAAGGCAAAUUAAUAUUCUUCAAGAUAAGGUGGAGCUUAUUCGUGGAAAUCCAGCAGAUAAACUGUUCAUUGUUCGCACCUUUGAUAAAAUGCCUGUGGAUUCCUUAAAGAGGGUUCUUAAACAGCUAGAAGAAGAGAAGAAAAGUCUCCAGAACCAGCUAAAGGACUAUGAACUUAGACUGGAACAAGAAGCAAAGGCUUACCACAAAGUUAAUGAUGAGCGGCGCAUGUACCUCUCAGAGAUCUUACAGACCUCAGCUAAAUUUACAAUUGUUGAAAAGCAAAAAACAGAUGCUCUGACUGGCAAGGGAGAAGGACAGAUACUGAGAGGAAGACGCAGUGUUCCAGGAAACCUGAAGAUGGUUAAUACUCAAAAACGAUCAAUUAAAAAGACUGUAGGAGUGAACCACCUUCCACAGCUAAAGCACUGAUUUAAUAUUAAUGCCAAGAACUUCCAGACACUUUAAAAAAAAAUUAAUUUGACUGAAGGUUUCUAAAUUGAAAAUGAAAGAAUUUGUGUCUUAUUGCAAUGCCAGACCCAGAUUGGAAUGUCUUCUUGGCUGCCUUAGUGUGUUCCUCUGCCUAAUGGAAUUGCUCUUCUAGUUGCCAUCUUUGUAGUGGUGAUCUCUGAACCUUUCCAUUCUGCUUCACAUCAGUGAUUCUGAGUGUGAGGUUGUUGGAAGACUUGGAGAAUAUUUAAUGUCUUGAUAUACUGAGUAGAUCCUUGAACUAUGCAGUCAUGGAAAACAAACAAGCCUCUAGCAUUUUUUGACCUCUUAACCAAGAAGAAAAAGGCAGACUAAUGUAAUCUGAAAAUAUAACUUUUUUUAAAAGCUGGCUUGCCACAGAUGCUGUGUUGACUACCACUUUCUGUCUGCAUGGUUUAGAAGCACAGCAGCAUUUCCAGCUGCUUUAAGCACUAGUAAUCGAUAGAAAUGACAGAAAAAUUGAGCACUUUUUAUUAAGGAAUCUUCAGAGCCUAUCUUGAGGAAUAAUUGUUUCUUUUAAACACUAUAUAUGUGCUAUAAAGAAACACAUAUCCUGAUAUUGGUAUGUUGCUCUUUGAAAUUGAAACUCUCAGAUGAACCCUUGUAUCCACAGUCUCAGGGUCAUAAAAAUCUGUCUUCUUCAGUGGCAUUGAUCCUUCUACUUUUAGGGUCCAAAAUAGUGCCAGUCCUAAAAGUCAUCUCUUCAGUGAAAGUAGAACUACUUUGUCUUUUCAUUCUUACGCAUGCAAUUAUUGUUGCAGUUUUAUUACCUAUAAUUUAGUCAUUAAAUAUGGCAAAACAUUUUCAAGUGACAAUGGGAAAAAUGCUUUGGUAAUGAAACUUCAGUCCUCUGGGUUACAUCUUAAAAGCUCUUGGCAGAGCAAAUGUGGUUGCUUGACUGCCCUUUAUUAUUUUAAGAGCAUUCCUCACUCUUUGCAUUAAAGUAUUUUCCCUCUUUAAGAGCAGUACUAAUAGUUCGGUAUUACUGGAAGCAUUAAAGUGACAUUGUAAUUAAACUCAUAGUAAAAGACAAACCAAUGGUGUCAUUCUAAAUUGCAGAGAGCAAAGACCUGCAGCAUGGUACAGCUUAUUCAGUAUGGAAAUCCCAUUUUUUUCUCCUACAUAGUAUGAAAUUCAUUACAGAUGUUUGUCAUGUUACCAUGAUGCACAUGGUGUCAUUCUUUCAUAAGCAGGGUGGUCUGCCUGGCUGUUUUUUUCCUCACAGCAUAGCACAGCUGGUUAAGUUAGCACACUUCUGUUUGUGUUUAUCACAUGAAAAAUUUCCAAAUGUUCAUUGUGCUGGCAUUUGUCAUUGUGGUGAAGGAGAGGGGAAAAAUCAUAAUGGUUUUAUUGGCAUAAAAGACAAAGGACAUCUGCAGUAUUAAAGAAGAUCCAGUUCUUGGAUUCAUGCAGCAAACAUUUCCUACUGCUGUCUCUUAAUAAAAUGUUAGUGCACUGAAGUCAGGUCUGUGUAGCACCUCAGAAUAACUGGAAACGCCGCACUAAUACAACAGAAUAUUUUUUCACAACAGGAGGCUUGGAUGCUUCCCUCAAGGGUAGUUCUCACUGAGGACUUAAAAAGAGACUUUUUUGAAUCCUUAAAAGAUGUUUGUUGGUAAAGGAAUGACCUAGGAGAAGAGCAGACUAUGUCCUAUUUAGUCCCUGUUUCACCUUGCCGGGAAAAAUUUGAUUUGAUUUGGGAUUUGAAAUGCAGUAGUAUGAUAAUUAAUUGCUAAAACAUGUGGUGUUUGACCAUUCUAAUUGUAUGUACAGCUGUAAUCUUUGUUGUGCAAAAUGGUUAUAGUUCUGUACUCAUACUCUUUGAAUUACUUGGCAUUUCAUUUUCUUCCUGGUUUUCUGAAAAUAAGGAUGAACCUGAUAAUUAAAUUUGAAUACUCCAAUUUCUUUGCAACAGCAAAAAGAGAGUUUUUGGUUUCAAAAGUGUAGUGUCUCUUUGGAUCUAAAUAAAACCUCUAGACUUCUAGCUUUCCCAAAACACAUAGGAAUUUUUUGUCUGAUUUGGUGGGUUUGGGUGAAUGAGUGUUUUGAAAUUCCUGGUUUUAUCUUGUGUGGACUUUUCUUAUUGUUUUGUUGUCCUUUGAAAUGCAGUUUGUUGACAUUUGCAGCAGUGAACAGUUAGAUGGCUUUAUGUAAUAUCUUCUAUAUGAAUAUGUCAGCACAUUUAGGAUUAAUUAAUCCUUCAAAGCAUAGUAUGCAGUAUUAUUUUAGGCCUAGAUAACAGAAUCAAGAGCUAGGUUUAUUUAAAAUAGAUAUGGGAGUGUAGUGAUGUCUGGUUUUCCCCUGAUUUCACAGCAGGAUGAUCUUUUGUAAUGCUGCCAACCAUUUCAAGAUUAAGUCUGCCUCCUCUUAAGUCUCUGUGCAUUAUGACACUGAAAGAAUCUAAACCAAAAAGGGGAAACUGAAUUGCUGACAGUUGUGGUUAGUGACUGAAUGGAGCUAAACAUCAGAGGAGGACAGGAUCAGAGGUGAAGGUUUGAGUCUGGCCAAACUUCUUCCUUCGGUGUGGAAUAUACUUGGGAUUCCAGAUAUACUGAUUGUAGUGUGUAAUGGCUUUAAUUGAUGGACUGGGAAAUUUGAUACCCUAACUCAGCACUUGAGAGUAUGCCUCCUUUACAUGGUUACUUAUGUAAUUCCACUAAUUUCAAAUGAGUCAUGAUUUUGAGGUAACUAAGGCAUUUUAAGUAUUUACCCGUAAUGUUUCUGGAAAAUAUAAAUUUAAAAUCUCAA